GCAGGAAGAUUCAGUGGAACCGGAAAGAAAUCAGCGUUAUGACGUUGAUUCAAUUAUUUCUACAAAUUGCGCCUGAGAAGGGAGUCAUAGCCAAUACGAGGACUGUUGGAGGGGUCUGACGUUGUAACUGUGAUUUUGUCCUUGGUCGAUCCUUCAGCGUAUAAAGGAAGCUGUGUCCGUUGAAGAGGGCCAGAACAGUUUCGAACGUCGCGUAGUACUAUGCCAGCCAACGAGGAGACUUUGGGGGAUACCCUGGGGGAGUCAACCCGCUUGAAAACUCUCGACGUUGGAGCUCAGCCUUCAACGACCGGGAUCCAGGAGAAAGUUGAGCCCUUAAAAGAAAUAGAUGACUCUGCAAAUCAUACAAGGAACCUGGAGGACAAACCGGCUUCUUAUUGCAGUCUACCAUCCCGUGGGAUUCACGAACACUUCCUUCGGGACUUCUUCGAGAUUAUCUUGGAGAACGCCGUUUUCGAGGGUACCUCAAGGAAAACAAGAGUGGUAGAAUGGGCAGAUCCAGCGGCUUUGCAAUCAGCUGUGGAUUUAAAACUACGCGACAACGGAAUCUCUCACGAGGAGCUACUUGCACUAGUAAAAAAUGUCAUCAAGUACAGCGUGAAGACAGGGCAUCCUCAUUUCGCUAAUCAACUGUUCUCAAGCGUCGAUCCUUAUGGCUUAGCCGCCCAAUGGCUGACAGACGCCUUGAACCCUUCGGUAUACACGUACGAAGUUUCCCCAGUAUUUUCCCUGAUGGAGGAAGAAGUACUCAGGGAAAUGCGUAAGGUAGUUGGAUGGAAGGAUGGCAGAGGCGACGGAAUAUUCUGUCCGGGUGGUUCCAUAGCCAAUGGAUACGCCAUCAACUUAGCUCGUCAUCACAAGUAUCCUGAGUUAAAAGAGAUGGGUUUGUUCCAAGGACCACGACUGAUCGUAUUCACGUCAGAGGAUGCACAUUAUUCCGUGAAGAAGCUCGCCGCCUUCCUGGGAAUUGGUACUAGGAACGUUUGCUGCGUGAAGGUCGAUGACAAAGGGAAGAUGUGCGUUAAGGACCUGGAGGACCAGGUUCGUAAAACCCUUAGCGAAGGCGCUCUACCUAUGAUGGUAUCAGCCACUGCAGGUACCACUGUCCUGGGUGCUUUUGAUCCUCUCAGCGACAUCGCGGCCGUCUGCGAGAAGUACAAAAUGUGGUUCCACGUCGACGCCGCUUGGGGAGGUGGUGCAUUGAUGUCCAGUAAACAUCGUCAUCUUCUAAAUGGUGUAGAACUUGCAGAUUCUGUCACCUGGAAUCCACAUAAAUUAUUAGCUGCGCCACAGCAGUGCUCUACCUUGUUGCUCCGACAUGAGAAUCUGCUUCAAUCAGCACAUGGUCUAAAGGCGACGUAUCUCUUUCAGCAAGAUAAGUUCUACGACACUUCCUUUGAUUCAGGCGACAAACACGUUCAGUGCGGACGUAGAGCAGACGUCUUGAAGUUUUGGUUCAUGUGGAAGGCAAAAGGUACCGAUGGCCUUGAAGCUCACAUCGACAAGGUCUUCGAGUUGUCCAAGUACUUCACAAAUCUUGUACGAAAUAGGGAUGGCUGGAGUCUUCUUCAGGAACCGGAAUGCACAAAUGUCUGCUUCUGGUAUGUGCCACCUUCUAUGCGUCAAUUGAAAGGCAAUGAGCUAACCAAUGCUCUACAUAAGGUAGCACCAGCUGUGAAAGAGAGAAUGGUUCGCAAAGGAUCCAUGCUCGUUACUUAUCAACCACUUCAUGGACAGCCAAACUUCUUCAGACUUGUUUUACAGAACUCUGGACUCACGGAAGCUGAUAUGCGAUUCUUCGUUGAGGAAUUUGAAAGAUUAGCUGAUGAUCUUUGAAAGUCUCUUUAGACAAUUUAGCAUUGUGAUACGCUACAGUACUCUUUAAUGUAUUUAUAUACUGAUACGUGUAAAUAGUAGGUAGAAUUAUUAUAGAUAUUAAUACACUAUGUGGAUCAAUAUCUGAUUGGUCCAAGUUGAUUAAAAAAAAAAUUUUUCACUUCGGUAAAUUUAAUAAAUUUCUUGGAGGUGUCAUUCA